CUCCUGCCGCCGAGCCCCGAGCGCCGCCGACCGCGGACGCGCUUUCGGCCGGGAGUCGCGGCCGCCGCCAGCAGUGUUCAUGUUUGGGAUUCAGGAGAAUAUUCCGCGCGGGGGGACGACCAUGAAGGAGGAGCCGCUGGGCAGCGGCAUGAACCCGGUGCGCUCGUGGAUGCACACGGCGGGCGUGGUGGACGCCAACACGGCCGCCCAGAGCGGCGUGGGGCUGGCGCGGGCGCACUUCGAGAAGCAGCCGCCUUCCAACCUCCGGAAAUCCAAUUUCUUCCACUUCGUGCUGGCGCUCUACGACAGGCAGGGGCAGCCGGUGGAGAUCGAAAGGACCGCUUUUGUGGACUUUGUGGAGAAAGAGAAAGAGCCGAACAACGAGAAAACCAACAACGGCAUUCACUAUAAGCUGCAGUUACUGUACAGCAAUGGCGUCAGAACAGAGCAAGAUCUCUAUGUCCGCCUCAUAGAUUCAAUGACCAAGCAGGCCAUCGUUUAUGAAGGCCAGGACAAGAACCCGGAGAUGUGCCGCGUUCUGCUGACCCACGAGAUCAUGUGCAGCCGGUGCUGCGACAAGAAGAGUUGUGGCAAUAGAAACGAGACGCCCUCAGACCCUGUAAUCAUUGACAGAUUCUUUCUAAAGUUCUUCCUCAAGUGCAAUCAGAACUGCCUGAAGAAUGCAGGCAAUCCUCGGGACAUGCGGAGGUUCCAGGUCGUUGUAUCGACAACAGUCAACGUGGACGGCCACGUGCUGGCCGUGUCUGACAACAUGUUUGUGCACAACAAUUCCAAACACGGGAGGCGGGCCCGCCGCCUAGACCCGUCAGAAGCCACUCCGUGCAUCAAGGCCAUCAGCCCCAGUGAAGGCUGGACCACGGGGGGCGCCACUGUGAUCAUAAUUGGGGACAACUUCUUUGACGGUCUGCAAGUUGUGUUCGGAACUAUGUUGGUGUGGAGCGAGCUGAUAACCCCCCACGCCAUCCGAGUGCAGACACCGCCGCGGCACAUCCCUGGAGUUGUUGAAGUCACCCUCUCCUACAAGUCUAAGCAGUUCUGCAAAGGUGCUCCUGGGCGCUUUGUCUACACUGCCCUUAAUGAGCCAACCAUAGAUUACGGCUUCCAACGGUUGCAGAAAGUGAUACCCAGACAUCCAGGUGAUCCUGAAAGGUUACCCAAGGAAGUGUUACUGAAGAGGGCAGCAGACCUCGUGGAAGCCUUGUACGGGAUGCCUCACAACAACCAGGAGAUCAUCCUGAAGAGAGCGGCCGACAUCGCUGAGGCGUUGUACAGCGUUCCCCGCAAUCACAACCAGAUCCCCACAUUGGGCAACACUCCGGCGCACACUGGCAUGAUGGGCGUGAACUCCUUCAGCAGCCAGCUAGCUGUUAACGUGUCAGAGACCUCACAAGCCAAUGACCAAGUCGGCUACAGUCGCAAUACAAGCAGCGUGUCCCCGCGAGGCUACGUCCCCAGCAGUACUCCCCAGCAGUCCAAUUACAACACAGUCAGCACUAGCAUGAAUGGAUAUGGAAGUGGCGCCAUGGCCAAUCUAGGGGUCCCUGGCUCGCCUGGAUUUCUUAAUGGCUCCUCCGCUAACUCUCCCUACGGCAUAGUGCCGUCCAGCCCCACCAUGGCAGCCUCUUCGGUCACCCUCCCUUCAAACUGUAGCAGCACACACGGCAUUUUCUCAUUCUCACCUGCCAAUGUCAUCUCCGCAGUGAAACAGAAGAGCGCUUUUGCGCCCGUGGUCCGGCCCCAAGCCUCGCCUCCUCCUUCCUGCACCAGCGCCAACGGGAAUGGACUGCAAGCUAUGUCUGGGCUGGUAGUCCCACCCAUGUGAGGGACUCUGUUUACCUUCACAGCACCCAGCAUCCAAGGACGGACUUCAGGGGACACGUGUAGUGUGUUAAGACGUGCUGAUGGAAAAAACAAAAACAAAAACACAAAACGCUAUCUUCAAAACUAAAAAAUCAGCAACAGUUGAAUGCUACAAGAGACAUUUAAAGAUUUUAUUUAAACUGUUAAGAAUCAACACGCAAACAAGCCUACUUCUUCAUGAACAAUUCCAUUUUAUUGACUGAACUUUUCUCAUAUUUUCACAUUUCUCAGUCCUGAAGAAUUAAGGAAAACAAAGCGACGCCUAUUUUGUAUAAAGUUUCUGAUCCCGUCUUGGCUGUCUAGUGCGUGCUAUCUGUGUGGGGAGAAGCUUCGUGAAUAUGCACCAUUUUGAUGCCCAUGCAACACUGAGGAGAAAGCCUCGAAACAUUUUUCUGUACUCAUAUUUAGAUUCACAAUGGUUGUGUAUCUCUAUAAUGUGAAAUAUUUUUUUGUGGUGAAAAAAGGGGGCCAAGGAGGUAUGAGCCAUUAACUGGAACAGAGGAGGAUAUGACGAGGUGAAUUUGGGGUGGCAGGGAGGGAGGGAGGGUUUAUCAUUGCUUAACUUCAUCUUAAUGAAAUGAAACUUUGUAACUUAUUGUAGUUAGAAAUUGUAACUUUGAUAUCGAAUCUCUUGCCUUCAACAAGCACACUGACAGAGAAAAAAAAAUAUGCUACUGUCUGUUGGUUCCAAUAUUCUCCCACCUAGAGCUUCCUGUUAAAGCAAGUGCGAUCAGCAACAUUUUUUCAACUUUUGCGCACUGUAAACCUAUUGCAUUCUUAGGCUACUGUGAGGUCUAUGUUUCUUGUACCUGAAAUUGUCCUUUUGACUUCUAGACCCUUCUUCCCCGAUGUGUUUUGUAUGUGGUUAUAAAAUUGUAGACUUUUGUGAUUUUGCCAAAGUUGUAGCUAAAUAUUUAUACACUUGUCUUGAAUUUUUUUCAGAUCCACUUAAAAUAUUUAGAAAAACGAGUUUUAUUCCUUAUGUGUCUUAUAAGGGAUAAAAUGCUCUUUCAUGCGACACUUCCUUUCCCAUGAACACUUGCAGUUGUUAAGGGACUUUAUUUUGUAACAUAUCAAUUAUAAAUAUUGUAUUUAUCUUUGAGAUUUUGUACAUUGCUUUCCCCAUCUUCUUUCUUCAUGUCUGUCUUGGUGUUUGAUCCUGCCCCGGGUUGUUACACGGGGAAAGAACAGACACCAAGAACCGUCUCUUUGAUCUGUUUUGUUAAAAUGAAUCAAUGUCCUUACAUUUCAUUUGUACCUAAACCAUUUGCUAUUGUUUAGACUUUCCAUCCCUUUUUUUAUGUUGAGGAAAAGUCAAAUUCAUUGUUUAUUUUUAUAUUAUUUUUAAGUUAUCUGAACAAAUACUUUUGAAAAGAAAAGUUUGUUGUAUAGUCAAAAGAAAACGGUGUCAGCGGCCGUGACAAAUCCUAGUAGAUUCUGCAUGUGGAACGGCUGUGAAGGGGCCACACCGUCCGGGGCUGUGUCCUUAUUUUAUUUUUUAUUUUUAAUUUGUUUUUUUUGUAGAAUGUAAAAAAAAAAAAAAGUCAUUUUAGCUGCCACCUAGGACUUUGCCACAUAGCUGAACUGUGUUUACUGGAAAAAUUCAGAGGCCUAAAGUUUAAAAUAAAAUUUACUUCCGAUGUUUUAAUUACAAAUGUUUGCCACAUUAACUUCUCUGAUGCCUUAAAAGUGAACUUCUUUGAAGAACUUCUGUGCUACUUUCUCACAGGCUUAUACCACAAUUGUUAACAUUUGGAGACUGAUGAUGAACACACACACACACAUACACAACACCACACAACACACACAUAUACACACCACACACAC